CAUGUAUAUAUAUACAUAUUUCUUUGAAGAUGUGACAUUGUUCUUUGUAACAGAAACAGGGUAUAGAUAAGAUAGCUACUACUUCCUUUCGCUUCCGUUAAAUUUAUAUCUGUUAAACGUUAUUAUGAAUAUGAUGCAGCAUGUUUUUAUAUUUUCUUCCGAGUAAGAGCUCGUUAAAUUUCUACCAAUUGAAUGUUUUAUUGUAGCGUUUAAAAUUUAUGACAUCAAAAAUUUUUGCCAAAUUAUAUGUUUUAUUUAUGUUCAAUUAAGUUUAUUUGCGAAAUGUACGUACUUAACUAUACGUAGUUUACAUUAUUCUUUGUUAAAAAGACUGCAAUAAAAAUUAAACUAUGGGUCAUAAGUGGCAAGUAAUAUGUACAAUAGGAUGACGAGAGUAAUAAUAUGUAAUGACAGCUUAUUGUGUCGACGUCGCUCCAGAGUCCUACUCUACGGCGAAAAGAAUAAUGGAUUUGACGUGUUAUAUCAUAACAUGAAGCAUGGUGUAAUCGCGAGCAAGGAGUUGGCUGAGUUUUUAAAAGAGCGAUCAGCCAUAGAAGAAAACAAUUACAAGCUCCUGAGUAAGGUAGCUAAACAAGCUGGCAAUAGUAGUAGUACGCAAGGAACAUUUGCGCCUGUUUGGGCUGCUUUAAGAGGCGCAGCGGAAAAACUUGCCGGCUUGCACUUGCAGAUGGCCCAGAAGGUUGCCGAACUAAUAAAAGAUGUAUCAAAAUAUGCGGAUGAAUUACAUAAGAAACACAAGGCUGUAAAAGAGGAAGAAUCAUCCACAUUGGAAGUCGUACAAAGUAUACAAAGUAUUACCGUAACUUUACAUAAAGCUAAAGAUAUGCGUAUGCAAAAGGGUCUUGAGCUGGAAAAAUUGAGAAAGGACAACGCCAGUCAAAAGGAAUUAGAAAAAGCAGAAAUAAAAUUUAAAAAGGCACAGGACGAUUAUAAAACUUUGGUCGAUAAAUAUAUGGUGAUCAGAAAUGAUUUUCAGACCAAAAUGACUCAAGCAUGCAGGCGAUUCCAAGACGUGGAGGAGACACAUUUAAAACAUAUGAAGGAGUUUUUAAAUAUCUACGCCGAUGUUUUGCAAACGAAUCACGAACAAGUUGGCCAAGUGCACAUAGACUUCAAACGCCAGUGCCUGGAUAUGACAGUGGACAAGUUAUUAGAACAAUUUGUUCAAAGCAAAUAUACAGGUUUCGAGAAACCAGGUAUGAUCGAAUACGAAGAAGUCAUGACAGGUUUAGGGGAAAUAACCAGUCAUUCUCAAUCGGAAAGCAACGUUGAGACACCUAAGGAAACAUCGAAAGGAGCAAAUGGAGAAACAGGCGUUGCUGGUAACAUUCACAGUUCAAAAAAAGAUCAGGGAUUAAAGGGGGAGGGUUGUCAGGUGGACGAGGAAAAGGGGAGGGUACAAGAGAAAGAGAAAGAAAAAGAAAAAGAGAAAGAGAAAGAAAAAGAGAACGAAAGACUGAACGAAAGGGACAGAGAACUGUCACAUGCACAAGCCACCAAGGCUUCCCGCCGUACUACCUCGCUACUCAACCUGUUCAUGUCCAACUCCCAGGACAAACAGAAGCAAGCAGGGUCUGGUUCGGCACCUGCAACUCCUCAGGGGAACAACCUGCCUCCUGCUGUUCCACCUCCCAGCAUCUCCAGGAACCCUCUCAGAGGAUCUAAAUGGUUUCUUCGCAGCAGGAGAGAAAAAAGAAAGGAAAAGAAAGCGAAAAAGAAGAAGGAUGUCGUGGAAACCAGCAGCAACAAAGAAGAAAAGUCUGACCUGGAGGAUAAGGAGGACAGUAGAAAGUCCGAGACGCCGACGCCGGAGGUAGACGAAGACGGUUUUUGUAUUAGGCCAAAAUCGGAGCCAUGGGAGGACGAGAAAGGAUUUUAUUCUAGCUCGGACACCGAUUCCGAGGACGAAAGGGAGAGAAAGAUCAGGGUGGAAAUCAAACCUCUGAGCAACGGUGGAGCACCCAUGAGUGCCAGCGUGGACGAAUUAAGGGCGACCGUGGAGAACCUGUCGUUAUCGCCUGCACCGACGGGACGCAGAGGAUCGAAUACCGAUUCAGAUCAUCAGAUGAAAAGGUCUCAGUCAGUGUCACAGCAAUUAGGAGGUAAGCCAAGCUCGGAUUUACUUGGCCUAAACUUGUUCAAUCCCAGCAGUACACCAUCGAGCGCCUCAACGCCGACCGGUAGUCAUCCGUACGUGUCGUUGCAAAGUCCUCCGCCAUUGUCUUUGUCACCGACGCCUCAACCACAGCCGCCGCAAUCCGCACCACCUACGCAUCCUCACUCGCGAUUCCCCGACGGAGACUUGUUCUCGGAAGUGGGAGACAUCACUCCGGCCUUACCACCGAAGCAGUCCGCAUCUUCCACCCCGACAGGGUCUAUUAUCAUCCCUAGACCCCCGUCCCGGCGAGGAGAAGGUCCUUCGCCGAGGGGUAGAAUGUCACCAGCGACGAUAUCUCGGGCAGACAGCGUAGCCAGUUUGGAAUUUCGAACAGCCGGCGUCGGCGUUGGUUCUUCCAGGGGACCUUCGCCGCUCACCAUAGGCCUGGCGGAUACCAUUCCUUUAGCAGUGGCGUUCCACGAGAUUGUUCACUCUUAUUUUCGGGGUACCGACGAAACGCGAUGUCAGGUGAAGCUUAGCGGUGACAUGAUGCUGUCUUUCCCGGCCGGUAUCGUCGCUGUGCUAGCGAAUAACCCGAGUCCCGCGAAGCUAACGUUUCGCGUGAGAAACAGUAACAGAUUAGAGAAAUUGUUUCCUAAUAAUCAGCUGGUCAGCAUGGACGUUACGCAAACGACCGUCGACAGUACAAUUUUUGAAUUCAACAUGAGUGCCUUAACUACGCUGUUACGCAAACAGGCCGAACAAAAUCCCUCGGCUUCGUAUUUUAACGUCGACAUACUGAAAUAUCAGAUCAAGUGCAAGGAAGGUGCGAGCUCUUGUCCGUUUCAGUUGGUGGCUUAUUGGAAAUGCGAAACGACUCACACCGACCUUAAGAUCGAUUAUAAAUACAAUAGUCGCGCUAUGGCUUCUCCGAGUCCACUGCUGAAUCUCCACAUAGCGGCGCCUAUAGACGGGGGCUUCAAAUCGUUGAACAGCAAACCUCAAGCUCAAUGGUUACCGGACACGAACCGUGUGUUGUGGAAAUUUACCGAGUUAUCGCAGCACAGCGAAGGUAACGGUGUGGGCUCUUUGAAAGCGCGUGUCGAGCUUGGACACGGGCCAGGAAAUCAAGGAACGAUAUUCACGCAAUUCAAUUGCGAAGGGACCACGUUAUCCGGAGUUGAAUUCGAGCUUCUGGGCCCGGGAUAUAGAUUAAGUUUGGUGAAGCGUAGAUUCGUAUCCGGCAAAUACAUGUGCGACGGAGAUUCCGACUCGCGGAGUAGAUACGCCGCUCCGCCAUCCAACGUGGAUUGACGACUUCCAGAUUGGGCGUGCCUAUCGGAGAGCCUGCCCAUUUAAUAUUGGUACUUGCUUGUUUACUCACUGCCCAUACCACGACUAAAUGUCCGUUCAAAACCGAAAUUGUCGUGGAAGGGAAACCUGUUGGAUACCAAAGAAUACGUGCGACGCGAACUAACGAGGUUGUCAAGUGGACGAAUAAUGAUUUGUACAAAAGGAGCAACUGCGUGCUUUCGAAGUAGCAGGAUAGAAAGUUCGUUCGUUUUGUAAACUCGAAAGGAUCUUGCGUAUCGUUAAUGAGAAAUGAAGGAAGCCGUGUUAGACCUUGGAAUAGAAACGU